CGAAGAAUCUAUUGGGGACAGGCAACUGUUCCAUUGGGGACAGGUGCACAGAUCUGGGUGGAGUAAACGUCAGUGAGAAGUUGGUGAGAUUUCACACACAAGACAGUUUUUUGCGCUGUUCUUGUGAUCUUCAACCUUUUUGUUCAGGGUAUGGGCUGGCUGUCUUGCAUCAGGUUCUGAGACGCUCCACGAGCACCUCACGUUGAGCCGUUCUCUUUCGGCUUGGAAUAGAGAUGACAUGUGAUGACCUUCCCAACCGCCUGGGACAGUGACAGGACUCCGACAAUGUGGAGAUGGACCGCGCGGCUCCAAUCUGCUCAAAGGACCAGAGCUGUCACUUCUUGCAUCGAUGUUUGUUUGAGUAAAAUCAUGCAAGAUCUCUGUCUGUCAACAAGCCUAAGCCGGACAUUGCUAACUGUGCUCCCUAACCAAUCUCCAAAGGCUCCAACAAGAUGUUUCCAGCACUGGAGGUGCUCGCAGGCCUCUCUUCGGCUAGAAUUUCUACCCUUUUUAUGCACACCAAGAUGACAAAGAGAUGAAGAGACUAAGGAAUUGGAGGGAGAACCAGCAUUUAUGCCUUGAACAGUGGUAAAUGCCAAAAAAACUAUCCCUGACACCCGACACUCCAUGUAUUGCUAUUUACCUACAUUGGAACGGUUUCCGGGUGAAUGUAGGCGAAUAUCCCAUGACAUGAGGGUUGGGGUACGUACCAAAAACCCACCCUGCUAUGAUCCAGAUGGGCGAAGAGCAGCGAGAAGAGGGUCUUCAGCGGCGAGAAGAGGGUCUUCGAGAACGGCGGGCCAACCGAGGCCUUGGAGGACUCGACCUUGGCCAGCCAUGUUGCCAGGGCUCCUGUGGCUUUGAUCCGCUGGGCAUGAGACCAUCACCGACCUUUGAUGAGGAAUACAUGCGCAUGAACCGAGACUUGGAUGAAGAGCCCGCCAAUCUGCAGCGCUGGAAAGCUUGGCUUAGCCUCGUCUUUUUGGUAUUGAUCACUGGGCCGGCGGUGGUGGCAUUUUUUCUCACCGCCCAAGAGUAUGUGGAUCCAUUAGUCCGCUUGGUGGGCCCGGAGGAUUCGCAGCAAGUCAACGAGAUCUUCUUCGGUGGCAAUCCCUGGUUGAUCUCCUGCGUCACUGAAAAGACCGCCCACAAGAAGCCUCCACGUGUUCUGGAGGCAGCAGCUGAAGUGCUCCGCCCACGUGGUGUGCGGGUAGCACGUGUGCACUGCUGGGAGCCCCUGGAGACCAAGAAGGGCCGCCAGACCUUGGCGCAACGCUUCGGCUUCCGGAGCUCCCCCCCGGUGGUCAUGGCCUCCAGUGGCGGAGGGAAGCCCAGCUUCCUGGCAGCGACCGGUUUGUCCGCGGAGGCCUUAGCCGCAAAGGUUCUGGCCGAGGUGAUCCCUGAGGCCGCCACGGUACCCAAGGCCCAAGUGAAGGAUCGGCGGUCGACUUCCCAAUCGCGCCGGGAGCCGGUGGGGCGACGUCCAGAAUCAGGGGCUGAGGAAGACAUCAGCAGCAACGAUGUGCAUGAGGAGGUACUCCAAGAAGAAGAAGACGUAAACCUCGAUGCAUGAAAGAUCUUGAAGCCACGCUCCACGUGACGCGCCCGUUCGCGGAAAACGUGUGCGAACGAGG